GCAGCCUGACAGGUGCCUUGGGGACGUUGACCGCCGAGCAAGGGGCUCUUCCGCCUAGUUUAUAGGGCUCGUCGUCGUCGUUCGUCGUUGUUCGGCGCCCGGUGGUUCGGGCGGGCUGAAGCGCGGCCCCCUCCCCCCCGGCCCCGGCCGCGGCCGCGGCGGAGGAAGAAGGAAGGAGGUGAGGGCAGCAUGAGCCGCGCUGGCCGCCGCAGCCGGGCCGGGGCAGCGGCCGCUGUGCAGCUGUGGGUGACCCUGAGCUGCCUGACCACCGCCGCCGAAGCCCAGCUCACUGGAGUCCUAGAUGAUUGUUUGUGUGACAUAGAAAGCAUUGAUAGCUUCAAUACCUACAAGAUCUUUCCUAAAAUACAGAAAUUGCUAGAACGGGACUACUUUCGUUAUUAUAAGGUUAAUUUGAUGAGACCAUGUCCUUUCUGGGCAGAAGAUGGCCAGUGUUCUAUAAAAGACUGUCAUGUGGAACCCUGCCCAGAGAGUAAAGUUCCAAUGGGAAUUAAAGCUGGGAAUUCUAAUAAGUAUUCAAAAGCAGCAAAUAAUACCAAAGAAAUAGAAGACUGUGAACAAGCUAAUAAGCUGGGUGCAGUUAACAGCACAUUGAGUAAUCAAAGUAAAGAAGCUUUCAUUGAUUGGGCAAGAUAUGAUGAUUCACAGGACCACUUUUGUGAACUUGAUGAUGAAAGAUCUCCAGCUGUCCAGUAUGUGGAUCUGUUGCUGAACCCAGAACGUUACACAGGAUACAAAGGGCCCUCUGCAUGGAGAGUGUGGAAUAGCAUCUAUGAAGAAAAUUGUUUCAAGCCUCGAUCUGUGUAUCGUCCUUUGAAUCCACUGGCUCCCAGCUGGGGAAAGGAUGAUGGAGAAUCAUUCUACAAAUGGCUAGAAGGUUUAUGUCUAGAGAAAAGAGUAUUCUAUAAACUAAUUUCUGGGCUUCAUGCAAGCAUCAACUUACAUCUGUGUGCAAAAUAUCUUUUGGAAGAAACCUGGGGAAAACCUAGCUGGGGUCCCAACAUCAAAGAGUUUAAGCACCGCUUUGACCCUGUGGAGACCAAAGGGGAAGGUCCUAGAAGGUUAAAGAACCUCUACUUUUUGUACUUGAUUGAACUCCGAGCUCUGUCAAAGGUUGCCCCAUACUUUGAUCGCUCAUUUGUUGACCUUUACACUGGAAAUGUAGAAGAAGACGCCAAGACAAAAGCCCUUUUGUUGGAGAUCUUUCAAGAUACAAAGUCCUUCCCUAUGCACUUUGAUGAGAAAUCCAUGUUUGCAGGAAACCAAAAAGAAGCUAAAUCAUUAAAGGAAGAAUUUCGGUUGCAUUUCAAGAAUAUAUCACGUAUAAUGGACUGUGUUGGAUGUGACAAAUGCAGGUUAUGGGGAAAACUACAGACUCAGGGUUUAGGAACUGCUUUGAAGAUAUUAUUUUCUGAAAAAGAAAUUCAAAACCUUCCAGAGAAUAGUCCAUCUAAAGGUUUUCAACUUACUCGUCAAGAAAUAGUUGCUCUUUUAAAUGCAUUUGGAAGACUUUCCACAAGUAUAAUAGAGUUGCAGAAUUUCAAAAUUUUAUUGAAAAACAGUAGAUAAUAAAGGCUUUUACACACAUGUUAAAGGUGACCAUAAAAUAAUUGUAUGAAGACUUUUGAUCUUGGACAUUCAGCAGAAUGAGACUGAUCUUCCUGACCUUCAAGAAUUUGAACUCUUGAAGGAAACAUUCAGAUACCAACUUGAAUAUUUAUGAUCCUUAAAAUAGGAAAUUAUCAAUUAGAGCUAUUUAUGAAUGAAGUAUAUAGUUUUGGAACAUGUAAAUUAUAUUGAUUCUAUGUUUGAUUUCAUGUAUUUUUUCAUCUAUUGAAUGUUUCUAGUGUGCCACCUUUUAUUUAGAGUUUAUUUUUCUCAUUUUGUUAUCCUGUUUUUCCCAGGCAAUUGUCUAACCUUAAAAACCUUAAAUUAUGUAACCAUCUAAUAACAUCGUUAUAGUCCCCUGUGAUGGGAAAGAGAACUAGGGAACAAAUGUUUUACUUAGUAAAGAAAAAUGCUGAUACUGUGAUAAGAAAUUUCUCCAUGUGUUUUUUCCCCAUGGUUAUGCAUUAUAUUUGUGCCCAACUUUGUUAGCUCAUUUAUUUCUCCUGCAGAAUUAUAAACAUAAUUGGCAGUCUUUUAAAUGUGUAAUUCGAGGAAUUUCUUGAGUGUAUUCAAGAUCCUCUUUCUGUUUGAUUUUUUUCUCUUCAUUGAUAUAAGGGAACUUCCUCUGAUAGAAUUGGAUGAAUGUUUUCUCUCUGAUUCCCAGUCAUCUGUUUGUCUGUUUAAUUGGUCCAAGAGUUUUCUCAUUCUUAGAACCCACACAUUAUCUUUUUUAAGAAAUUGCCCAACUUGUGACCAAGACACAGAUUUCUAUAUUUCCCUUUCCUUAAAGAAAAAAAAAAUGUAGGUAUUCCAUAUACUCUGUUGGUGUACUAAAUAUAUAUCUAGCAGGUAACUUCUUGAAACAGAUUCUAUUGGGAUUAGGUAAAUCUAUAAUGUUAUUUUCAGAUGUUACAGGCCAAAAAUUUGUUUUAAGUAGAAAAAGAAAAACCACUUUAAAGAACUUUAUUUUUUAAAAAUUAUCUAUGCAAUCCCCUAACUCUCAGCCUAACUUUCUUAGGUGGGUUAUUUAAACAAGCUAAUAAGAAUAUAUAAAUUCACUGUAUAUAUGUGAUACUUUAUGUGGUCAACUUGGACAUAAUGCCACCACACCACUCAGAAGUAGUGAACUUCCACUUUCUAAAUCUAGAAUUAAAAGUACCCUUGGCCAGGAUUAGCUAUUUGAUAAUUUUUAAAACUGUGGUAGUUGUAUUGUUGGUGUUCAAUGUGGAAGUUUGCAUAUAUGUGGUAGUAAUGCGGGUAAGAGUUCUAAAUAAUCUUUGUGUAUUAGACCUUCAAUUUUUUACCAAGUGAAUAACAAGUGCCCUUAAGCCCAUACUUUAGCCUGCCAAAGUCUAAAAUGUGUUUAAUAAUGAUAUAGUGGAACCAGUUGUUUAAAAUUAAAUUUUGUUCCGCCGUUGACCUUUAUAUAAGGGGGGAAAGCUGUGUACUAGAUUCAUUUCUUUUCCAAACCCAAUUUCUAAUUUUUAUAUAAUCACUUUACAAUUGAUGGUGGUAUUUAAUUUUAUUACAAAGAGGUAAAUUUGAUUGCAAAUGUUUCUUUUAGCGCUGAAAGUAUUGCAUAUAGAAAGAAAAUUUAAGGCAAGCUUCUUUGAAAGCUGAAUACAUCAAUAAUUUUGCUGGUUGAAGUGCAUCAAGAUAAUAUCAGUUCCCUGUAAGCUACUCUUUAAAGCCAGUUAACCUGAAAUUACCACAUUUUUGUCAUUUUAGCACAAUAAUCUUUAAGAUCAGUUUCUUUUAAGGAAUAUUAGUUCAGGAUCUCUUAAUUCUAAGCAAACUUGCAAAUUUACUGGGGGGGAUAAAUUCUUGCUUAUUACAAGCAGUUAUCCUUCUUAAUUCCUGUGGUUUAUUGCAAUUUUAAAAAAGAAAUAUAUGUUACAGAAAAUUCUUGGAAAUGAAAGGGUUUACAAACACCUUUCUAAUUGUAGGAAAGUUUUUUCUAAAUUCUGUUACUCAUUAGCAGAAUACAUGAAACAUAAUAGUUUGUCAUUGAAAACAAUGUGGUGACAGCAUUCAUAUUGCCAUGUUUAUUUUUAGAAGACUAUAUUACUGCUAUUUACUUUUUAAGAUUCACAUGCCAGGCAACUAUUAUUCUAAACUAUUUUCAAAAGCAUAUGCUUGCCUAAGUUCAGCUUUUAUUUCAUAUCAUAACUUAAUAAAAGAUACUGCCCUGAUGGUAUAACUGACAGAAAUGAUUGUACCAGUUGAUAAAAGUAAUAAAAAUGUGAAAGGAAGGGAAAAUAAACUUUUCCCUUAACUUGAGUUUGUUGUUUUUUGUGGCAUCUAUGUCCACAUUACUGUAAAUUUUGGGACUUGGGGAUCCUUGACCAAUUUUUGAAGUGAAUUAAAAUUGUAAUAGACCUUCACAGUUUAGAAAGUUGAUAGAGCAAAACAUUUUGGCAUUUAGCAUAGUGAUUUAGCCAAUAGUUUACACAUGACUGGGCAUAUAUGAAAUAUUGUGCCAUUUUUUAACCGGAUAUAAUUUUGAGUAUGAAAAUUUCUUUAUUAAAUUUCAUCAGCAACCGUUUUAGUCUAUGUGAAAAUUUGAGUUUCACACUAAAUCUCAUAGCUGAAGUACCUAAAUUUGUACCACUUGUGUGUAUGAUAAAUCACAAAACUUGUACAAUUCUGCCCUGAAUAUACACCUUUGAUUUUGAACGUAAUACUGUAUUACUUGCUGUUGUUUCCACUUGAUUCUGUAAAAUCUGAAUUAAAGUAAAUGUUUCUGCAGUA